AUGAAUGAUAAAAAUUACUCUUCCUCCAAUAUUACCUCCCCUCCAAUCUAUUCACAAUUUACUACCACUACAAAUUAUUUAUUACCAAAAACUCUAAGCACAUAUUUUGAUUUAACUCCUCACAAACAAAAAUCAUUUAAUAAUUUAAAAAAAGAAAAUAAUCAAAAUUUAAAUUUAUUUCCUUUUUAUUUUUUAAAUAAUUCAAUUUCUUCUUCAAUUAAUCCAAAUUGGAGUUAUCAAACGACAAAACCUAAAACAACUACUUUUUCAAUUAAUUAUUGUCGUCGAGAAUCAAUGCAAAGACUAGAAUUUGAUGAUAAAAUUUCUUCAAUAGAGGAUUCUAAUUUAAAACAGCCAACAAAAAAUGUUAAUAUACAAAUACCAAACAAUUCAAAAAUAACAACAAAUAAUUGUUUCAAAAAUGGGAAAGAAAAGUUAUUAAAUAACUCAACAUUAUUAUUACCAAAUUGUUUAGAAAACAGCAAUGUGGUUAAAGAAAAACCAACUUUAAAGACAAGAAUUAUUGUUUGUUUAAUUUCUGGUUUUGUAAUUUGUUUUUGUUUAAUUAAAUUAUUUUAUUGGAAAUAA